UCAGUCAUAACUUUGAUUCUAUCCGUCAGAAUUCGGUUUUGUCAGCCCCUGGUAAAUCACAAUUCAAUAUUCUAGCAGUGUCUGAAAUCACACAUCCAGAUUUGAUGUUCUGAGUCAGUUACAGUGAAAACUGUAAUUCGCCAUACCCAGGGUAUGCCGUACAGUCAUACAGUGUUGAGUGUUUGUUUGUUUUUAUUUAUCUGUAUUGUGGGGAGCAAAAUGGCGGACUCAGGGAAGGCAGAGGUGCCUGAAGAAGUUGAAAGUUCUGGGGAGACACCCCAGGUAAAGCUUGAAAUGAAAGUGCAGCCUGCAACACCUGUGACGCCUGACCCUUUAGAGGCUGAACUGCGGGCCCGAGAGGAGAAACUCCGCUUGCAGACCCAUGCAGUUGAGAAUCUAAAGGCGGAGCUCAAGAAGAAGGAAGAGGUUGCUCAGAAAGAGGCCAAGAGAAAGAUCUUAAUUGCAGACAUGCAUAAGAUCAUGGGCAGCGGUUCUACCAGUCAGGUCAGUAAGGAUAUGGCAGAAUUCAUCCUUUUACAGGAUGAUAUUCACCGGUCCUACUUCACUAACUGGGAUGACCGGAUCUCUAGUCUGGAGACCAGUCAUUCAGCCUUGUCCAAAAAGUUGGAUGACAUUUCAGCCCAGUUGAACAGCACCGUGACACAUCUGCAGAUUGCACCUGUUCAGACUGUUCCUCCACCUCCUGGCCCUUCUGCAGCAGACACCCAAAAGACCCCACAAUCCAGACUUGCAACUCCACCCUCUACACCCAGAUCAACAGCAGCUUCACAGCCCUCGUCACGAUUUGAGUUUCAGCGGCCUAAGCUGACACCGCCACGCAUGUUCUCAGGGUCUUUCACUUUUGAAGACUUUGAGUUAGAUGAGACGUGGGAGGAGGACGAUGCUCAGACCAUUGUUGAUCUUUUCCUGUCCUUGCAGGAGAAGAAAAAGCAUAAGUCUGAACUCAUCCUGCUUCGACCCUACAUCCUAGGAGCCAAGAUCAAAGGGCUCUUAGACUGCGGGGCUACUCGCAACUUCAUCUCUCCUAAGGCAGUCAGCAAGCUGCACUUGGACCAGAGUUUGGUGAAAUUGCGACAGCCUUUGGAGGUCCGCAUUGGGGACUCUUCCACAGUCAGGAUUACUACUGCUGUCAAGGGCCUACCUGUGUCCUUUGACAAGCAGGGAGAAGUCAGGCACCGCCUGAACUUCUAUGUGUUUCCUAAUGUUCCCUUUGACCUUGUCUUCUCUAUGCAGUGGCUUGGCGCCACAAAUCCUAGGACUGACUGGCAGAUCCCUAGGGUUGAGCUACCUGACCGGCAUGGGGUAUAUCGCUCUUGCAUGCUCACUCACGAGUACCAUCCAGCCAGCAGUUGCUAUUGUAUGAGUGCUCGCAGGUUUUUGCGCUUCUCACGCCAGACGGACCACGCCCGUCUGUUCGUGGCUUAUGUCAAACAGACUGACGUGGAGACUGCUCCCUGUCCCUCUCAGAUUCAGCAGGUGGUGGACAGCUUCUCAGAUCUUAUGGAGGAGCCUACUGGACUUGUCCAUAGGCAGACCAAACAUAAGAUGAAGAUCCUACCGGGCUCGGUCCCUCCCAAGGGCCGGGUCCACAGGAUGUCUCCUGCCGAACUUGAAGAGCUCAGGAAACAGUUACAGACCCUGACCAGCAAGGGCUGGAUCAGACCCAGCACAUUUGAGUUUGGGGCACCAGUCCUCUUUGUUCCAAAGGGGAAUGGUGAGUUCAGGAUGUGCGUGGAUUACCGUGGUCUCAACAAGAUCACGAGGAAGUCUACAAAGCCUCUUCCUCAUGUUGAUGACCUGUUGGACAUGGUGCAGGGCUGUAACAUUUUCAGCAAGAUCUCAAAUCUGGCUACCACCAGAUUGAGAUGGCUGAAGACGAUGUCCACAAGACAGCCUUCAAAACCAGGCACCUUCCAAAUAGAGAUGCACCGCAUACUGAGGCCUUACCUGGACAAGUUCGUAGUUGUCUACCUUGAUGACAUCUUGGUAUUCAGUCGCUUUGUCCAGGAGCAUGCGCGGCAUCUGGCUCUGGUCCUCCAGGCCUUACGUGCUAACCAGUAUAAGAUCAACAGGGAGAAGUCCUCUUUUGGGGUUCCCUCUGUAGUCUAUCUGGGGCACGUGAUUUCUGGAGAGGGGUUGGCUCCUGAAGCAACGAAAGUUGCUGCAGUUCAGGACUGGCCGCGACCUGCUAACAUUCGCGAUGUCCGAUCUUUCUUGGGGCUUGCAUCCUACUACAGGAAGUUCAUCAAGAACUUCUCUCCGAUUGCUGCGCCAUUGACUGAUCUCACAAAGAAAGACACUUCCUUUCUUUGGACAUCAGAAUGUCAGGAGGCCUUUACACGUCUCAAGGAGGCCUUGAUUCGUGCCUCUGUUCUAAAGCUACCUGACCCUACCCUGCCUUUUGUGCUUACUACUGAUGCUGGUCAGUAUGGGGUAGGAGCGGUACUUCAGCAGGAUGAUGGGAAUGGUUUGCAGCCCAUUGAGUACAUGAGCAAGAAGAUCAAGACCAGGAAGCUGCAGGACUCUACCGAUGAGAAAGAGUUGUACGCUCUUGUGUCAGCGCUCAAGCAUUGGAAACACUUUCUCCUGGGCAGACACUUGAAGAUCUUUUCAGAUCACUCCACCCUCCAGUGGAUGAAGUCCCAGGGAGAGUUGAAUGACAAGCUUGCCCGCUACAUCCAGUUCAUUGACAUGUUUGACUUUGAACUGAGACACAAAAAGGGCUGCUACAAUAGGGUAGCAGAUGCCCUUUCUCGUAGGCCUGACGCUCUGUUCCUGAUCUCCGUUACUCACUCAUUUGGGGAGAGGACACGUCAGACUAUUGCCCAGUUGCUUCCCCAGCAUGAGAUCUUUGGGCCUAUCAUGAGGAAUCUCCAGGACGAUCCUUCCUUUGAACCAGGAUAUACUCUGGUUUCAGGUCUACUGUACAUGUGCAGCAAAGGUGAGGAGCGCCUGUGCAUUCCCCAAGAUCGCAAGCUGAGGACACUUCUGAUGUCAGAGUGCCAUGAUGCUCGUGGUCAUUUUGGGGCCCUCAAAUCUUAUGCAGCCCUGUCGCAGCGCUUCUUUUGGAAGGAGAUGAGGAGUGACAUGCUGCACUAUGUGGAAACCUGUGAGUUAUUCCAAAGGAACAAGGUUGUACGUCGACCUCCUCUUGGCCUACUCAAACCCCUACCUAUCCCUGACGCCCCUGCACAGUCAGUAUCUAUUGAUUUCACUGACUUGGGUAGGACUACACCACGAGGUAUGCGUCAGGUCAUGGUAUGUGUGGACCGGUUCUCCAAAUAUGCAGAGUUCAUCCCCUUACCAGCUGAGGCUCGUGUGCCAGCCGUUCAGGCGGCUUUUGCUGACAGGUGGGUUACACAUCAUCGACCACCCACCUCUAUUGUCAGUGACAGAGAUCCCUGAUUUUGCAGCAAUGAAUGGCAAUCCUAUUG